GAGAGUUUAUGGCUAUUUUUGGGAAUUUUAGAAUAGAGGAAAUGUUGUUGGAGUUUAGCUCCCUAGUGAACAAGAUGGUUGUUGAUCUAUAAAGUACAUGCAGCUGGGUUGGAAUGACAUCAAUGAUUUGGUUUCUUAUCUAAGUUUUGAGGGGAUGAUUGCAGAAUGAAGGGCACAAGAAUGGCAAAAUGGUUAAGUCUUCUGGUUUUUGUAGUUCUAUUGCUUAAGACAGAAGGGGUUGAUGUAGGACUCACUUAUGUUCAAAGUGCUGUACCAAAAGGAGCUGUUUGCUUGGAUGGAAGUCCACCAGCUUACCACUUUGAUAAGGGGUUUGGAGCAGGAAUUAACAACUGGAUUGUUCACUUUGAGGGAGGAGGUUGGUGCAACAAUGCCUCUGUUUGUCUCGAUCGCAGGGACACUCGCUUAGGUUCAUCUAAGCAAAUGGAUCAGACAGCUUCCUUUUCUGGAUAUUUGAGCAACAAGCAAAAAUUUAACCCAGAUUUCUACAACUGGAACAGAAUCAAGGUUAGAUACUGUGAUGGUUCAUCGUUUACCGGUGACGUCGAAGCAGUUGAUCCUAAAACCAAUUUGCACUACAGAGGAGGAAGAAUUUUUGUUGCUGUCAUUGAAGACUUGCUGGCAAAAGGAAUGAGAAAUGCUCAAAAUGCUAUUCUUUCAGGGUGUUUAGCAGGAAGAUUGAAAGCAAUACUACAAUGCGAUCGCUUUAGAUCUCUAAUUCCGGCAGGAGCUAAAGCCAAAUGCAUUUCAGAUGCUGGUUAUUUCAUCAAUGUAAAGGAUGUCUCUGGAGCACAACACAUUCAAGAGUUCUACAGUCAAGUUGUUGCAACACAUGGAUCGGCGAAGAAUUUGCCUGCCUCGUGCACUUCAAGACUGAGCCCAGGGCUGUGUUUCUUCCCAGAGAAUGUGGUAUCACAAAUCAGGACACCAAUUUUCUUUGUUAAUGCAGCAUAUGACUCAUGGCAGAUAAAGAACAUAUUGGCACCAGGUGUUGCUGAUCCGCACGGGCAAUGGCGCGAUUGCAAGCUUGAUAUUAAGAAAUGUUCUUCUGCUCAGCUCAGUGUAAUGCAAGGGUUCAGGACGAACUUCUUGAGCGCAUUGAGUGGAGUGGGGAGCUCGCCAGCUCGGGGGAAGUUCAUAGACGGAUGCUAUGCUCACUGCCAAAUGGGAACCCAAGAGACAUGGAUGAGAGCUGACUCGCCUCUGUUGGCCAAAACAACAAUCGCCAAGGCUGUCGGAGAUUGGUAUUAUGAGAGAAGGCCAUUCCAUGAGAUUGAUUGCACUUACCCUUGCAACCCCACCUGCCACAACCGUAUCUUUGAUAACAACCGUCGCUCAGAUGAUUAGACACUUAUU